AUGUUUCUGAUUACUGGGAAGGCGCUUGGGUCGAAGAGUAUCCGACUUAUCACCACUUGGCUGACCAAUCCACAGAAGUGCAAUAAAUGCAGCAGACUUCAGCUUUAUAAAUUUUUCAGCUCCAAGUCUAUUUUACGAAUAGAUAAUAGACAGAGACCGUGGGAACCUAUUACUAAAAGGGCACUUCUAGAGAAGGCUAAUAAUCCUAUAUCACGGCUUUGGGUUCAUUUAAAAUGGCCCUUGAUGAGAGAUAAUAGACCGCUAUCACUUGACGAUAUUUCGGCAUUUGUAUCUUGGCUUGUAAUGGGUAAUUUACUAUGGGUGGGAUUAGGCACUACUACUUUCGGGCUAGUUGCAAUGUAUUCGUUGUAUACAUACGAUAAUAUCAAGGAUGCUUUUAAAAGUUAUUUCAAGAAUCUUUCAAGUGAAGGGACGAAACCCAAAAUUGAAGAUGGAAUCCUUGGAAAAAUGACGAAUUCGAUUCUUUCUCAUGGCUUAGGAAUUAAUAUUGAAUUCAAAAAGGGAAACGCAUUACCCUCACUAAAAGAAGGCUUACUUACUUUCAAUAAUCUUUGCAUUAGCUCAGUAGAAUCAGCGGAUACAAGUUUCAACUUUAGUGCUCACAUUGAAAGUAUGCGUCUUUCCUUGUCUUUCAGUAAGUGGUAUGACGGAAAAGGCUUAAUCUCAAAAUUAGAAAUCAACGGAAUGAAUGUUAAAAUGAUAAAAAGUUCGAAAGUUGAGUCUAUAACUACAGAUUAUCAUGAUGUAUUACCUCUUCCUUAUGGUAGACACAAUGAUAAUAUUCACUUUCAAUAUGACAUGGAGGAUCAUCAUAGGGAAGAGUUAGAACUCAUGGAAGUGAAAAGAACGAAGCAGAACAAAUUUAUUAAUCCUGACUAUGAAUUUGGAAAUAUAAAAAUUCUAGAUUCCUAUCUUGAGGUUCAGGAUGACGUUCAUAAAUAUCCAUUGAAGAUUUCAAUAUUUAAUUGCGAGCUACCAAAGUUAAGAGGGGGUUAUCUUCUAGGCGAUGUGUUGAAUGCCAGUAACGUUACUGGUGCCAUAAACGAUUCUAUGUUCACUAUUCAUAAACGCCAAAAUGUUAGUAACAUAGACAUGGACCGCAAUAAAAGAAUCAGAUUCAAGCUAGAUGGCAUAAACAUGGCAUCCAUCAAUGGUCCCCAUCUGAGAUUUAAUUGGAUCAUUGACGGAAAAGCAGAAAUAACUGCUGAUAUUACUCUUCCUGACUUUGGAGUGUUUGAGGAAUCUGACUAUAGAUUGAAGGAUGAAUAUAAAAGGUUGACUAAGGUAUGCUCAAACUUGUUUAAUGAGUUUUUCAAGAUGACAUCAAGUGAACAGAAUAAAAAUGCAGAUAAUCAAAUCCCUGAUAAAAGUAACAGCCUCUUAAAAAGUGCGCUAGCAGCAAUUUAUGAGACAUUCACCAAUCCUAGCAAAGGGCUUGACUUUGACAUUCAUAAACCUCUGCAGGAAUACGCUAUCGUAGAUGUAAAAGUUCGACUUUCCAACUUGAAAGCGCUGUUACCAAAGGAACUUCCUACUGCUCAAUCUAGUGGAAUUCCAUAUGUAUCCUUGUACAACUUGAGGGCAUUAAUCGCUUUCAUUAAUGAUUACAGAAUGCAUAACAAGCAACCGAUUACAAUUAAGACAACAGUGAUUGAAAAAUUGUUUGAUUUGCAUAAGUUUGAUAAUGUUGUUCAAACAAAAAUGUUUGACUCGAUUGUGAGUGACAUUUAUGACGAAUUGCAGAAGAUGGCCAAAAUGGACGAAGAACGAAUUCUUAAUACGAAAUCUUCUAUGUGGUCACAUUCUAUUGCAAGUCAAAUUUUAUUACUUGGUUUAGGUGCCAUCGCCUAG